AUGGAAGAUGAAGAUAAUCAACAACAACAACCAUGUUACAUUUUAAAUAUACCAUUUGAAAAUUUAUUAAUUAUAUUACAAAAUUUACAUACAAAAUCACUUUUAGAAUUAUCUCAAGUUAAUUUAUAUUUUAACCAAAUCAUUUCAAAUUCUUCAAUUUCAAAUAUGAUUUGGAAUGAUAUUAUUCAAAAAGAUUUCUUAUUAUCAACUGAUAAUGCAAUUAUCAAAUAUAAAUUAAAUAUUAAUAAUGAAGAAGUAGAAAAUAAUGUUAAUACUAAUAAUGAGGAGGAGGAGGAUAAUAAAGAUGAAGAAAAUGAAGAUGAAAAAGAAGAGUAUGAUGAAGAGUAUGAUGAAGAGUAUGAUGAAGAUGAUGAAGAUGAAGAUAAUGAUGACGAUGACGAUGAUAUUAAUGAAGAAGCAAAUUAUUUAAAAGAAUUAAGAAAAUCAUAUAAAAGUCAAAAUAAAAAUAAAAAUGAACAUUUAGAUUUAGAAAGAGAACAAAAUGAAAUAAUAGAAAAAGAAAAAUUAACACCAAUUAUUGUAAAUAAAUUAUUACAUCAAAGAUUUAAUUCAAAUAUAAUUCAUCAUUAUAAAACAAUGAGAUACAUUUGGGAUAGAUUUGAAAAUUGGAUGGAUUUAAAUUCAAUGGAUUCAAUGAAAAAAUCUUUUCAUUCGAUUUCUCAUACUAAAUUAUAUAAAUUAAUUUCAACUAUUAAAUUUGUAAAUAAUAGUUCAAAUAAUAGUUCAAAUAAUGUUGUUAAUAAUGAUAAUAAUAUAAAAUUACCAGCUGAUUAUUUAUGUUCAAUGUUAAUUCAUAAUGGACAAAAAGAAUUUACAAGAUAUGGUUUAUUAGGUACAGUUGAAGCAUAUGAAUCAAAAACAAAUAUAUUUUUAUUAUCACUUGAAAAGACGAUAUCGUUAUAUAAAAAGACUAGAAAUAUGCAAUCAUUUCAACAUGUUUUAUUUGUAGCAUGUUCUGCCUCUAGAAGAUAUUAUAUAAUGGCAUUGCGGGAUUUUAAAAUUGAAGAAAAGAGUUUUAAAAAGGACCAAAUCUUAUUAAUUGCUCCGGGUAGUCCAAUGAUUGUUGCAAAUAGUUUUUGGGAAUUUUUAUAUUUACAUGCUUUUGCAUUAGAGAAAGGUGUAUUCACAACUAGAAGGAAAAUACUCUAUAGAUAUCCAGAGUUUUCACCUUACAAUGGUGAUGAGGUUGUAACUCAAGGUGUUAAAAUAAAAUGUAGUGCAGUUUAUAUACCAGAGGAUGAAAAUUCUUAUACCUUCUUUUAUAGAGUAACUAUCUCAAUGGAUAAAGAUGAAGAUCCAAAAAAUGCUUGUCAAUUAACUCAUCGUUUUUGGAUAAUAUCAACAAUUGAUGGUUCUUCAAAUGUAAAUGGUCCUGGUGUAAUUGGUAAAUUUCCAAUUAUAAAACCUGGUGUAACUUUUGAAUAUUGUAGUAGGUGUGAGAUUGAACGUUCUCAGGGUCAUAUGGGAGGUUAUUUUACAAUGGUUAAAUUAAAUAAUAGAGAUUAUUCAUUCCGUGCAACAGUUCCAACUUUUUUUUUAACAACAAUUCAAAGUUAA